CAAUACAUAUCAUCAUUAUGUAUUCUCCUUGCUUGAAAGAAGUAACACAAGUAUGUUCUAAUGGAUGUUGUUCCAACCCUCUUCUUUCCUUUCCAGAUUUCACAUACACAAACACAACCAAAAGUAAUACAAAAAAUCCCACAACAAUUAGCAACAACUCUACUAUUUGUAGAAAAAACUUCACAACCACAACUAUAACAUCCUUUUUUCCAAACACUUAUUUUACUGACCAUGAAUCCUUGCCUUCUUUCAAAGAAUCACUCACUACUUUCACCCAAACUUACCCUAAAUACUCCGAUACUAUCCGAGUUGACCGAAUUAGAGGACAAGAGUACUACCAUCUAUCUCUUUCUAACCGAAUUUGUCUAGAUUAUAUCGGUAUUGGACUUUUCUCUCAUUUGCAACUUCAAACAUUUCACACUUUAGUAAAACCAAGUUCACCAUCUUCUCCUUCUUCAAGUGAACUAAAUUCGGAUGAGUUUCCGUUCUUUAGUACGAUAUAUAGGUCCGUUAAUCUUAAGUCACAAUUGCUUCAUGGAGGGGAAGGGUCAGAAUUCGAGUCGUCUAUUAGGAAAAGGAUCAUGAAAUUUUUGAAUAUUUCUAGCAAUGAUUAUUGUAUGGUUUUCACUUCAAAUAAAUCAUCUGCUUUCAAGAUUGUUUCGGAAUCUUACCCUUUUGUAACGAGUCGUAAGUUGUUAACAGUUUAUGAUUACAAAAGUGAGGCUGUGGAUACUAUGGUUACUUCUUCCGAGAAACGUGGAGCUAAAGUUAUGUCCGCGGAUUUUAAAUGGCCUAGAAUGAGAAUUCAUUCGGCUAGAUUAAAAAAGAUUUUAGAGAGAAAGAGGAAAAAGAAGAAACAUCGAGGUUUGUUUGCUUUUCCUCUUCAAUCUAGAAUGACUGGAGCUAGUUAUUCGUAUCAAUGGAUGAGUAUUGCGCAAGAAAACGGAUGGCAUGUGUUGCUUGAUGCUUGUGCAUUGGGUCCAAAAGAUAUGGAUAGUUUCGGGUUGUCCUUAAUUCAACCCGAGUUUCUAAUUUGUUCAUUUUACAAAGUGUUUGGAGAAAAUCCAACUGGAUUUGGUUGCUUGUUUGUCAAGAAAUCGAUUGUAUCUAGCUUGGAAGAUUCAUGUGUUGGAAUUGCAACUCUUGUCCCUGCCAAGAAUUCAUCGUUUCAAUCACAAGAAGAACAUUAUUCAUCUGAUAAAGAUUUAGAAUAUCAACAAGAACAAGUCAAAGUUAAUACUCCCGAACCCUCUAAUAAAAUCGUGGUCCACGAAAAUUUAGACAUUGAGUAUAGAGGAUUGGAUCAUGUAGACUCAUUGGGGCUCAUACAAAUUAGUACUCGUACAAGGUGUUUGAUAAAUUGGUUGAUCAACGCGCUUAAAAAACUAGAACACCCUAAUACGGAAACAAAGACACCUUUGGUCCAAAUCUACGGUCCAAGGAUAAGAUUUGAUCGCGGGCCAGCUUUAGCGUUCAAUGUUUAUGAUUGGAAAGGUGAGAAAGUAGACCCUUCACUCGUGCAAAAGCUUUCGGAUAGAAAUAACAUUUCAUUAGGCCAAGGGGUUUUAAGCCAUAUUUGGUUUGCGGACAAGUAUGCGCACGACAAGGAGAAGGUGAUGACGGAUGGUGGUAGUGUGAAGAAGAGUACUAAAGGGAUUCAAGAAAUCACGGUUGUGACCGCGGCUGUUAACUUUUUGGCGAAUUUUGAAGAUGUGUAUAGAUUAUGGGCGUUUGUGGCUCGGUUUUUGGAUGCUGAUUAUGUUGAGAAGGAAAGAUGGAGAUAUACUGCUCUUAAUCAGAAAACAAUUGAAGUGUAGUAAUCAAUUGAAAGAAGACACGCUUAUAUGAAGUACAAAAUAUUAUUGGGAGUGAAGAAAAGUGGUGGAUAUUAAUUACAUUAUUUCGUCUGUUUUUGUAUAUGAACUUUGUGUACUCUUGAUCAUUUGAAUUGACAUUUUAGAUUUAUUUAAACAAUCACAAAUUAAUUUG